AUGGAAAAACAUGCAAAAUACAUCAUUUGUGUGGUGUGGGCAAUAGCACUGCUGACAGCUCUUCCAAUUCCGCUGGUGUCACGCUUGGGUCAACCGGAACAGUGGUACAUACAAUGCGACAAAUACGUGUGCGAAGAACAUUGGCCGAAGCCACUGUAUAAUUAUUAUUAUACAAUUGCCUUACUAGUUUUACAAUUUGUCAUUCCAUUGUUGGUGCUAAUAUUCACGUACACUCGGAUUGCAUUUGCCGUAUGGGGUAAAAAGCCGCCCGGAGAAGCGGAAAAUUCACGCGAUCAACGUAUGGCCAAAUCCAAACGAAAGAUGAUUAAGAUGAUGGUCACUAUUGUAAUCGUCUUCUCUACAUGUUGGCUGCCGUUUAAUGUUUUAGUGAUUUUGCUGCACAACACUGCACUAAUGCAAUGGGAGUUCAUCAUCUACGUAUGGUUCAUAUUCCAUUGGCUGGCUAUGUCACAUUGUUGCUACAAUCCCAUUAUCUAUUGCUAUAUGAAUGCACGGUUUCGCAUUGGCUUCCUGCAAAUACUUUAUUUCGUUCCUGGAAUUCGACGAUGCUGCUGUAUCAACGCCUAUACACGUGAUCGUUCCACAAGCCUACGGACUGGAAUCGCUUUAACGGGAAUUGAUGAGUCUGGCCACCUUCAUCGCGUUAACACGUCAACAACGUUCAUUAGCACCCGAAGAAAGACGAAUAUUUGAUGUAAUGACGAGAAUCGACAACAAGCUCAGAAAAAUAAGAGGAACUUAGUAUGUGAUCUAUAAAAAAAAAUGAAUCGUUAUAGCCAUUUAGUUUCAAUGUGUUAAUUUACCUCUGCGUCUGUGUUCAAACAAGAAGAAAAAAAUAAAAAAAAUUAUAGUAAGAUUUCACACACACAAACAUAGUAACAGUGACAAAAAAAGAACUAUCGCCACAAAAGCGACCGAGCGAGAGAGAUUUAUACAAAAUGAAACAAAAAUCAUGUUGAAUUUGGCACAUUUAAGAAGGUUUGUCAGCUGUUUUUGAGCGAAAUACUUAGCGGAAACGAUACAGUUUAGCGAUUCGAAUUGGAGUGGAAAAACCAGUUUUUCAAAGUGAGAGAGAUAUAAAAACGGUGUUCUUUUUUAUUACCAUUAAACUGCAUCAUUAAAAAAUAUGUAGUGCAAUGGAAAAUGUUAAGUGUUCCGGCAAAACUCGAUUCAAGUUGACGGUCAAAAUCAAAUGGUGUGUAUUAUGCAGAGCAAAUUUAAUUUCGAUGUGUGAAGAAAAUUAAGCUCGUGCACUGAGAAAAAAAAGAACUACAGCAAAAAAAAAUCAGCAAACCAACAGAUGAAAUACACUGGAACUCAAUUGAAAUUGUGAAAUAUUUGGCGAUUUGAGAGCUGCGAAAGUUGAGAAAAAAAUAUAUAUACAAAAUAAAGAUGGGAAAGCAAUUUGGCCGCAAAAACACAGAAUACCGUGAAAAUCGAUAGUCGACGCGAACAUCGUCGUUAUGCACAUCGACUAUAUUUCAUUCAACGUUUAAAUUCACCGUGUUAAAUUGGCCCAUUGAAUUUCAUUGGAAUUCAAACAUACACAAUGUUUCGUUAGUUGUUAUUUGAUUAUUAUUAUUUUUUGCUUUUUCUCUCCUUUCGGACAACUAUCUAAUUGCAUAAGCCCCCGUAAAGGCGCCAAAUAAUCUAACCGCUUGAAAUACCCGUUGUGCAUACAAUUUUAUAAAAUGAAGAGAGAAUGACGCAUCUAUUCAAUAAAGCAUUUGUUAACAAUUAAUGUGUUUUAGGCUAAAGUCUUAAAAAAGAGAACGUAUUUCUCCUGGUCGAAGGAAUCGAAUUACGACAUAAAAUAUGAAACACGCAACACAUGGAGGCACUCUUUUUUUUAGAUAGGUGUUUUUUUUCGGUAUCUUAUACUUACAUCUUAUAUCUGGUUUUGUUUUUUGGUUUGUCUUUAUCGCAUUCAAUCUUUACCGUUUUUUUCCUUCUGACCAUUCAAUCUAACUAACUAACAAU